AUGUCCGAAAGUUGGUUUGCACAAAAAGACGACCCAAAAGAGGCUGUUAAAGAGGUUGACAGAGUAGAAGUAAAUGAGCCAUUACCAGAUGAAGAUCUAAAACCUAAACGUAGUGGAUUCAAUUUGUUUAGAGCAAAAGCAAAAUCACCCGACCCAGCAAAAAAAGGAGGAUUUAGUCUCUUCAGGAAAAAAUCCCCACCACCCAUACCAGAUGAAGAAGAAUACGCAGAAAACGAUCCAGAAACUUCUAAAAAGGGAGGGUUCAGUUUAUUCGGGCGGAAAUCUGACGAGGAAGACUUUGAGGAAAAUGUAGACGAAUGUGAAGAAGUGCUCGAAGAUGGGGUAGAAGAGGAAUGUGAAGAAGAAGAAGAAAGUGGGUCAAACUUUGAGGACUCGAUGAGAAAUGUUUUGCGAAAGGUGGGAGUGGAAGUGGAAGAUGAAGAUGAUUGGAAGCAAAUGGUUAUAAAAACAAGGCUCACUCUCAAAGAAUUUAAAGAUUCUCUGAUUGGAAAUGAGGGAACGAAGGAGGAAAGAACCAAGAGGCUGAUAGUGGUGGUUAACGAUGAUAACGUCGUGGAAUUACAGUUCAGAUUGGACUUUUCUCACUACACACCACCAAACCUAGAUAUUGAAGAUGAGGAUGAAAUCGAGAUCAAGCCAGACUUGGCCAUUACAAAAGCACAGAAGUUAAACAAGAAACGCUUGAAACGUCUUGAAGAGAAACAAUUGAUAAAAGCACAAGAAGAAAAGGCGAGGGAGGCAGAAGAGGCUAAGGCUGAAGAAGAAGCUAAAGCAGAAGAAGAGGCAAAAGCAAAAGAAGAAGCCGCGAAAGCUGAAGAGACAGGAGAGGAUGCGAGUGACGUGUUUGAGGACAAAGAUUCAGAAGAAGACACUUUGAAUGCCACUCAAGAAGAAGAUGGGGAGGUAGAGGACGGAGAGGAGGAAGAAGACACAAGGAGCCUUCUCGGUAAAAUCGAGGACCAGACUGGAAUCAGAAUAAUCAUAAAAACUGAUGGUCUAGAAAAAAGAUUGAACAAAGAAAUAUUUGUGCCCCUCCAAGAAUACAAAGAAAUUUUCUUUGGACCAGAUCUUACCGAAGAAGAAAAGGCAGAACUCGAAAAGAUGGCUAGCGACGAAAAAGAAUUUUACAUUCAUCUAAAACUCCUGUUCAGAAAGAAAACAUGGGAAGAAAAAGAAGCAGAACGAAUAGCCGCAGAGGAAGAAGCAAAACGAAAAGCGAUGGAAGAAGCAGGAAAUACAGAGGAGGCAGAUGAAGAUAUAGUACUGGAAGAGGCGGACGAAAAGAAGAGGGAUAAGAGGAAGGAGUUAGAAGAGAAACAAGACCAGGAGGGACAAUCUGGGACUGAGGGCGACAGUGAAGCUACUAGUAUAAUAAUAGACUAUGACAAUGUUCAAAUCUCCUAG